CACAUAAGGAAGUUAGUUUGUACAAAAAUAACCUGGACUCAGAAAUUUUUUCCGUUUUUCCUAUCUUGUUGGCAACGAAAACUCCAUAGGAAACAAUGGGAUCCACUGAAUGGACACUGUUCCUUUGUUGUCUUGGUGUCUGUAUCGUCAUCUCUCAGUCAUCCACCUGCAGUCAUGCGCAGUGUGUUUACGACCACGUCACUGCGGAGGCUGACUGCUCCUCACUCAAUCUUGACUGCAUCCCCGUCAACUACCCAAACGCCAUCAUCAUGGAUCUAAGCCACAACAUCAUAUCAGAGUUGUCACCAGACGAUUUCAAUGGCACAUUCUCCAGGCUGGCUGAACUGUACCUUGACUACAAUAACAUAUCUGAUGUGAGGUCACUGCUGGAAUCCAGUGAGCUAGAUAGCCUGCAGAUAUUGUCUGUUGAUCACAACGUCAUUUCUGACUUGCCGAAUACUUGUCAGCUGAGCUCUCUCACUGAGCUCUCAGUAGACUAUAACUCCAUUACACGUUUAUCUAAUAUUCAACGUUGCAGGACCUUGCAGCGGUUCUCUGCCGAUUUUAAUUUAAUAAGUUAUUUUAGCCCACAAGAUCUGUCAAAUAUUGUUGUCAGCAUCCAAUUCAACCGACUGACUUCAUUUGGUCCAUUCUAUGGCCCAAUAAUUAGAGAUGUUUCUUUUCUUUUUGAUCACAAUGAAAUACGAAGUCUGGGUAUCACUGACUUCGGGAUUGGGGAUAUCAGCAUAGAUAUACUUUCACUUAAUCACAACCAACUACAGUCGGUAAGGCUCCGGGACGCAACUCCAGAUACAUUAAACGUAGGCAGUAAUGGACUGUCAAACUGGAAUAGAUUCUACAUCAGUCGGUACGGAAACACGAUGAAGAGAAUGGACAUGAGCAACAACUCAUUCGAUUCAUUGAUUCAACCACCUUGGGCCGAAGGUCUGGAGUUCUUAAACGCCGAUACCAACCUGCUAGCAAACCUGUCCUCGACAACCCUGUCAGGAUUUUUCGAUCUGACUGAACUGCAUGUAGCCAAUAAUCGUCUCUUGUUCAUCUCAACCACUGCACUGAGUCAACUCACCAUGCUAAGGUCACUGUAUCUCGACGACAAUGCCCUGACGUCUUUGUUUGGAGUAUUUUUCAACCAGUCUAUCUUAUUUGAACUGUCCAUCACCAACAACCGACUCACCACGUUACAUGCUGAUUACUUCAUGGGUCUAUUGUCGUUGAAGCGUCUGUACCUAACAGGGAAUCAACUCACUAGCGUCAACAUGCUGAUGUUUCAACUGGUGCCUGAAAUUAUAAACUUGGACUUAUCCCAAAAUGAGCUUCAGCUGGUCGACCUGCAGGACUGUCCUCUUAUUAAUCUUACAAACCUACAGGAUCUCUCACUGGCUCACAAUCUGAUUCAUGAUGCAGCAACUAUCUUGGGUUUCUGUGAUUACUUGCAAGUACUUGAUCUGAGUUAUAACUUGAUCCAAGUCGUGCCUGGUGAUUCGCUAUCUGGGAGAAAUAGAGCUUUGUCCAAACUAAAGCUAGAAGGCAACCCACUGCAGUGUGACUGUAGGCUCACAGGUCUACGAGACUGGCUGCGUAACACUCCACCGUACGUUGAGCCUCGAUGUGAAGGACCGAAUCAUUACUAUGGUUCAGUGAUAACAGACCUGGACAGUCAUGACUUCUUAUGUCAAGCACCGAUGGCGAUGGUGGACAAACAGCUGACAGCCCUGGCUGGAAAAUCUGUGACUCUUAUAUGUACAGCUACUGGCAUUCCUGUACCGACCGUAACUUGGCUCUCACCAAACGACACAGAGAUACUAGCCCAUCACGAAGAAAGAUUCACUAUUCUGCGAGGACAAAUUCUGCAUAUCACACCAUUGGAGAAACAUGACGAAGGGAGGUACACAUGUCUUGCCCACAACAUCUUGGGUGAAGGGAGAGCCGAGGUCAACCUUACAGUGACUACCUCUAAAUCAGACGCCCCACAGCCGCACUCACUUGCUUCUUCCGUUCUCCCCACAAUGUUUAUCACCAUUAUAAUAACGGUUGCAGUAUUUGCUGGUAUCAUAUUCCUCCGUCGGUAUCGCAAGAAACAGCAAGAAGCCAACUCCACAUCUGCAUCUCAAACCUCCGAUCUGAAAGUUGGCUUCCGUAAAGGUGACAACGAUGACUCGGAGGGAGGUUGUGUGAACAAAGCCCUUGGCGGAGGUUAUGAGGUUCCAAGUGGACAGCAGACCACUCUUAGAUAUGCGGAUAGUCCUACUACAGGGCGUCGCCAACCAUCUCAGAUCUAUGCUCAUACCGUUGAGGAUCAUAGUGGAGGCAACGGAGAGAACAAAGGAGACGAAGAAUUGUAUGAAAGUGUGUCUGACCCUUAGUUUUGGAAAUGACGAUGGCUUUUCCCACAGAUACAGAAGCGUUGUAUGUUUUAAAGAAUAUCCACAACACUUUGGGAAAAAUAAAUUGUAAAUAACAUAAGCACAGUUUUUUUUAACAAUAGGCCUUAGAUGAGCACGAUGGAAAGCUCCCAUUGAUAUUACUCAACAAUGUUUGACCUCACUGGUUCAAAACUCGAUGUUUGAAAACAGGUUUUUGUUUGUUACUCCGAAAACGACCGAUUGAGCUUGAAACAUUUGUAAUGCCAUGUGGAGUCACACAUUGCUGGUACUGGUCUAUAAUUACAUUGAACAAUGUUGUUGUGCAUAAACUGACACACAUUUUGCCAACGAUCCACUCAUUUUUCCACCGUUAAUUUAAGGUUUCUAAAUUGUAGUAGUCAAAACCAAUCCGCGACUCGACUCUCGUGUAAUAGGUUAUAGCCGCAAUGACAGUUGUUGUUCGGUGCAUGAUUUGCAAACACAAAAUUAGUGUUAAAGUUUUGUCAAAAAUACUCAGAAAAUCUAACCCAGUUUUUGCUGGCGUCUUGUACAUUAUAUUAAGAAACAUCACGAAAAAAAAA